AUGUCACAAAAUGCAUUAUUACGUAUCAGUCGUCCCAAACACCGUUCAGUAAUGACGUCAAUGACAUUUGCCAAUUCAUCCCACCGAAGCGUCUGCAGAAUACCAUUCCGGAGCAUUUCCUCCAUGACGCCAUAUCAAAACCAUAUGAAAAGCAUCUCCAAUCCUCGAUCCCAACAAUCUUCAAAUAACUUCUCUACCUCUACAACCAAAAUGUCUGAUACCAACAAGAACUUUCUUUUGAGCAAUGUGUUUAAUGUCAAGGGCAAGGUGGCCCUCGUGACAGGUGGCGGAUCAGGAAUUGGUUUGAUGGCAACUCAAGCACUGGCCGUGAACGGUGCCAAAGUAUAUAUUGUGGGCCGGACCGAAGAAAAGCUUGAGAAUGUUGUCAAUCACCACGGCCAAAACAUUGAGGGAGAGAUUAUCCCUAUCGUUGCAGAUGUCACCCGCAAAGAUGAGAUUGCUCGAGAAAUGUCUCUGCACUGCAUCUUAAUCAACAACGCCGGAAUUUCUGGAGCUACCCAGCAAACGGAGGCUAAGACUGCGGAGGAAAUGAAAAAGAAUCUUUUUGAUGAUGAGAGUUCGACAUUCGAUGAUUGGUGCAAUACCUACCGUACUAACGUUCCUCAAUUAUUCUUCAUGACCACUGCUUUCCUCCCUCUACUCCAGAAGGCUUCGGAUCACCAAUACGGAUACUCCGGAACUGUGAUUAACAUCUCCUCAAUUUCCGGCAUCGUCCAAUCUUCACAACAUCACUUCGGAUACAACGCCAGCAAAGCUGCAGCUAUCCACUUGACUAAGAUGUUAUCUUCGGAGAUCGCGGGCAAUGGAUUGAAGAUUAGAGUCAAUAGCAUUGCACCAGGUGUAUUCCCUAGUGAGAUGACAACUGGUGGCGAGAGUGGACAGGACCAGAAGAGUCACAUUGAGAAGGAGAAGUAUGAAAAGGUUCCCGCCAAAAGACCUGGCAAGGAUGAAGACAUGGCCGGCGCGAUAUUGUUUGCGGCUACCAAUCAGUAUUUGAACGGUCAGACCGUGGCUGUCGAUGGUGGAUAUAUCUUGCAUGCUGGUGCUUAA